UUGGUGGGGGAGUCCCGGAUUUCUGGGAAGCUCAAGAACGUGUCGGUUUGCAUUUCCUCUCGCUUUGAAUAGCCAUGUACCCAAAUCCUCUCCCUUAAACUGCACUGGCAAACUAAAGCAUAGACUUGGACGAUUUUAUCUAGAUUCUAAUCGACUUUUGUGUUUCUGGAGACAACGAUUCGCUUUAUUAUUAGAUAUUCUUUUACGAUAUUGCAUAGCACAUCAACAAGGAUGAGUAUUGUACAUGAUGGCCCAGCGCCAGAAGGCAUUGUCCAGGUACCACAUCAUCACCAUCAUCUKACAAGACGGAAYCCACUUUCGAUAUACAAAGCCUAUGGGGGAAAGUGGAGAUGCGAUAACUGCAACACAGAAAAUCUGCCAUCUCAGUUCCCAUUUCACUGCCAUGAAUGCAGCUAUGACCUCUGUGACAAUUGCCAAAGUGGAGUCAUGCUCUCAGAUGUUCAUGUUCAUCGGUUAUAUAACAUUAAUCUAGCUCARAGACAAAAUCGUAGUUGGACAUGCUCUGUCUGUAAGAAYAGGGGACUAGAAAUGGGACAAACCAACGCUGGACAUUGUGCCUUGUGUGAAUUCUACAUCUGCCGCUUCUGUGCAACGGAAAUGAAUCAUCCCRUUCAUCAACAUCUUCUAAAAACAGUUAACACAGAAAUCAUUUACCCUCACACUAAUGGCAACUGGGGCUGUGAUGUUUGUGGCAGAAUGAGUCGAUUCAAUGAAAGAUAUUCAAGGCAUUGUGCUGCUUCGUGCGAAUUUGAUGUUUGUGCUAGUUGUGUAAAGGAAUAUACUGUACCCUGUCAUAAUCACCCCCUGGUCAGGGCCGAUCCUAGUGUCGUGUACGAACGCUUCUCAGGCAACUGGAGAUGUGAUAACUGUGGAUGUGUUUCGGCUUCCAUGACCAAUGACAAACCUUGGCACUGCUUGCAAUGUGAAUAUGACCUGUGUAGUGACUGCAUGAGGCAGAUAUGUCCUGAUUUAAGUUCACAGUUUGAUGUCACUGGUCCUUCUAUCAGCGGCCCUAGAAGUACGUUCUCCCACAAUGCUAUGAUCAGUCCACAUCAGGAACGACUGAACCAUCGCCUAGACGAACCUAAAGAACCUGUUCAUGUAGCGGCAACCGACAAAGGAUCAGCUGUUGAAAGCGUGGAAGCUGAUGACGGCGAUGAGUGCAUAAUAUGCUUAGAAAAUCCCAAAAACGCGACAUUAAUCCAUGGGGAUACUGGCCAUCUGUGUUGCUGUUGGUCAUGCGCACAAGUGUUGAAGAAACGCGGUGACAAAUGUCCAAUAUGUCGGCAGCGUAUUGACCACGUCAUCAAACAGUUCAAGGUUUAAAAAUAUGCACACAAAACGGAUGUGUGUAGAAUAAAUGAUUUAAACAAUAAGCAAUAACAGUUUAUAAUGCUUCUCCAGGUCAUACAAACAAACAAAAACACGAUAAAGAAAAUAAGAAAACGGGAGCCAAAAGCAAGCAAAAAUUAGAGAUAAUGUAUAAAUAGCGUUUAUCUGCAUUGAGUUCUUUAUCAAAUGUAAGUAGCAAUAGUAA